AAUGAGAGACUGCUUCAAUCGACGCCAGCAGCUGUCUUCGAAAUCUAUCAUUUACCAAUUUCUGACCUUUUUUAGUCCCGCAAAUAUGAUAAAUUACAGUAUAAUGUGACUGUAAACUACUGCCUCGGAAUGUACAGAGGACUCUUGCCAAAAGGUUUAACCGAAGACGACCUCAGUCCAGAUGACGAGGAGGACGAUGUUGAGGAGAAGAGGGAGAGAGAGAAGUGUGAGAGCUCUGCUGAAAAGUUGGGCUCAGCCGGGGAAAACACAGUCUCAGUGGUGGAGGCACAGCCGACUCACACUGCCAGUGAUGCAGACAGUGAUUCCCCGACAUGCAGUAUGCCUGGUAUAUCUCAGGAAAUGCAAAAAUUCCAGGAUCUACGACAGAAGAAUGACGAAAUGAAGACAAUGAAAAUCCCCAGAAAAAGAAAAAGAAAAAGAAGACAUCACAAGAAAGGAACAGAGAGUGAGGAUCCGACAGAGACAAGCAGUGAGCAUCAGGAGGAGCGAGAGAAGCACUGGGAUGAGCUUAAGCAGCAUUUUGGUGUAAAUGAUCGAUUUCAUCCCCCUGCAUGUUCCAAACCCCCUCCGAAGUCCGGCCUAGAAAAGAGCAUAGAGAGGGCCAUAGCUGAAGGGGACAUUGCAAAGGCGGAGGAGAUGAGCGACAGACUCGCCACUCGAGAGCUGGCUGUGAAAAUCGCUCAAGCCGCUGAUUGCCGUGACUUUGUGCAACGCAAACAGGAAGAGGAAGCUUUGAGGGCAGCGCAGAAAAGGAAGAACCAAAUAGCCUGGGGGUUUGAGGCUAAAAGACGAUGGGAAACCAAAAGCAACAUGGGCUUCAUGUGACAAACAUGAAGGAAAAGGAGAACGUGUGUUAUUUUUUUUUUAAUUUAAUUUGAUAAAAGUAGUGUUUUUAUAGCGGACUGAUCCUGUUUUUCUUUAUUCCCUUUGUAUAUUUUGAAGACUUCUCAACAGCAGAGUGUGAGGGGGGGAAAGUCACACAGUUGGCUGAGGAAAAACCAAUCCAGAGAGUACAAGAGAGAGAGAAAAUUAUGGAGCAUUCAAAUUAAUUCCUAAGGCGCCCAUUGGUGUCUGCAUUGUGUUAUUUUUCAUUACAUUUCAGUGAUUUGAGCGUUCUGGCCUUUUUUUUCCCCCCCUUCAAAUUAAAUCUGGUGUACAUUACUGGAUGAUGCAUUUAUUUAUUGCUGUAAAGUGGGUUAAUCAUGAAGGCGCUCCUUUCUUCUUCCGAGGAAGAGAAAGGGAAGAUUAGGGCCCUAAUGCAAUGUACAGGAUAAUGUGCGAUAGGAUUUGGGAGAAGAAAAUGAAAUUUGGCUGCUGUAAACAGUUGUGAGCAGUUGUAAACUGGAAGUUGAGUGAACGUUUUGGGGUUGGGGAGAUGAGAUGGGGGGGGGGGGCGGUGAGACAUGAAACAGAGGCUUUGCUGUUGGCCCUCACCCAUGCUGGGAGACAUGCUAUUGUUUCUCAGCUCGAACAACAGGCACGCGCUGUUUUCUCGAAGCCUACAGUCGCCGCUCAUUGUGUGAUGAGCUCUCUUCAGCAUCUGUAAACUCGUCUAGAAGCGUCAAUUCCUCUCGCUGUUACUUUGAUCUUUUUUUUGAUCUGCAGCAUUUGCCUCGGCAGCUACUCGCUCUUCUAAAAAGCUCAUUCAGAUUCCAGGAAGUGUUAAUUGCAAACAGCAUGCAAAAAAAAGCACAAGAAUGAUAAUUACUUUUAUUCGUAAUGCGUGCUUAUAUUUUUUUUUUCAACCAUAGAAAAUGAUUGCUUUGCUUCAAGGUAAUGAGAAUUAAAAUUAAUCCCACCUAAGUUGUUUGCAAUGCACAUAUUUGGGCACUUUGUCCCCCGGUGAGGAGCAGUGUUCUCAUAGCAUUGCUGUGUAGGCUGAAACAGGAUGAGGAAAAAUUAACUAAACAUCAGAAAUAAAAGUUUGUUGGCAAUUAUGAUACAAAACACCUGAGCUGUGGAAACCUAGAUAUGACAUGAGUGUAAAAACUAAUGCUUAAAUUUCGAGAAUCGAGCUUUUCCCAUCAUUUUACAUCCAAGAGAAUCACACGACCGUGUGUCUGAGAAGCUGUCAGUUGGUGAGAAUCGGUGCUAAUUAAACUAUUAAUUAUCUCUGUAAUGAGACGUGAGUUAAAACUGUGUUAAGCACAUCAAAGUACAACAUGGGAUUUCUUCACUUUGAUGACUGCUAUGAAAAAUAUAUCUUGACUGAGGAGUGAGGAAACAUUAACAGGACAAAAAAUAGCCAAAUCUCAGAGCUUUGAAAGUUUUGGAGAACUCUGCAAGAACAGCGUAACAGUUUAUUAGUCUGUUUUAUUUACAGGUGUGAUUAUUGCGUAUUUCAUAAACACAGUUUCUCAGAAAAGUGAACUUUUCAAGGUUAUAUUCAGUAUUACAUUUAUCAUCUCAGAGGAACUUGCAAGAACAUUCAAAAUAAAAGGCAUAAAUCAUCUGCGAAUAUGUUUCUUCCACAUGUACAAACCAUGUAGCCAUUUUUCAAAGCUAGUAGUUGUCAGUGAACAUGUCUAGCGCUGAUCCAAGAGCAGCUCGGCGCCGUAUCAAUAGCAUCUCACUUUAUUAAUCUCUUGGAACACAGGAUAAUGCCUUGAGCAGAGAUGAUUCUGCUUUUAAGCUGGAAAAUCCACUUUCCCCUCUCGUCAUGUUGAGGAGCUGUUUUCAAUAGUCUGUUCCUGGAGGCCAAUCUUAGCCUCUGACCUGGGCUGAUUUGUUGUGAAACACGGAGACAAAUUCCUUGGGCACAUGUAGCACCACUUCUAGGAAAAGUGUUUGUUGUGUGGAGUGGGGGAAGAAAAAAACAACAACAAUCCCAUUAAAUGGUUGGAAAGCUGCUGUUGUAUGAAAGGGAACAUAUGUUGCUGGUAACAAGACAUCAGCACUAUCAUUUGCUGCUAUCGCUGGCUAGGAGAGGAUUAACUGGAAGGAGAGAUCUCCAAGAUGCAGCUGAUAAAGGCAAGCAACGUUCAAAACAGCUCACAUCUAACGCAACCUGACAUGAUAAUGUUGCUUUGUUUGUGCUUUAUUAAAGGUUUUUUGAUAACAUUU